CGCUUUUAUUACCCAACUGUUUUCAGUUUCGCCUCAGCCCUCUUUUAAAACCCACUCUCGUGGAACCCGAUCAGCCACAUACACAAACACCACCCAGGCUCCGCCACCAGCUGCUUCCCCACCGCCGCCGGUCACAGAUGGCGCACGCAGUUUCUUCUCUUACGUCAUCAACACUUUUCAUCCGGCAGCAGUUCCAGAGCCGGAAGUUGUUCCAGCGGCCUUCUCGUGGAUGUUGGACAAAUUCGCGGCAAUUUUCUAGCUCCGCCGCCGCAAGGAGAGGAUUUCGUGUGGUUCGUUCGGAUUCGACCGGAGGAGGAUACGGCGGCGUUUCCGAGAUUUCUGAAAGUGAAUCUAAGGCUUCCGGUUACGUAUGGCCUGAUGGCAACAAGAGGCCAAGGGUGUGCAUACUAGGUGGUGGUUUCGGAGGGCUGUACACUGCAUUGCGAUUGGAAUCACUUGAUUGGCCUGAGGGAAAGAAACCACAGGUGGUUCUUGUUGAUCAAUGUGAGCGAUUCGCCUUCAAGCCAUUACUAUAUGAACUCUUAUCAGGAGAAGUAGAUGAAUGGGAGAUAGCUCCUCGUUUCUCAGACUUGCUGUCGAAUACUGCUGUGCAGUUCUUCAAAGACAGGGUUCAAUCUUUACACCCCUCUGAUCAUUUAGGAAUGGGUGGGGAUACAGUGUCUCGUUCUGCUGGAGUCGUGUAUCUUGAAAGUGGUCUACUUAUCGAAUAUGACUGGUUGGUACUUGCGCUUGGAGCUGAAACCAAACUUGAUGUUGUGCCAGGUGCAGUCGAAUAUGCAUUGCCAUUUUCCACUCUCAGAGAUGCUCAUAGAGUUAAUGAGAAGCUAAUACAACUGGAGCGGAAGUCCUUCGGUAACGACUCUCCAAUUCGUGUUGCUAUUGUGGGAUGUGGCUACUCAGGAGUCGAAUUGGCUGCCACAAUAUCGGAAAGACUGAAAGAUAGGGGAGUCGUACAGGCCAUCAACGUUGACAAAUCAAUCUUGCCAAACGCUCCACCUGGAAACAGGGAAUCUGCACAGAAAGUUCUAUCAUCCAGGAAUGUUCAGCUUCUGCUGGGUUACUUUGUUCGCUGUAUAAAGAAAGACGAUACGACAGAAUCUCAUAAUAACGAAAGAUAUAUACUGGAGUUGCAGCCUGCAGAGAGGGGGGUAGAAAGCAAAGUUAUUGAAGUGGAUUUAGUUUUAUGGACUGUUGGAUCAAAACCUCUACUUGCUGAGCUGGAACAGAGCGAUAAACCAAUUUACCUUCCUCUUAAUGGUAGGGGACAAGCAGAAACAGACGAAACUCUUCGUGUUAAGGGUCACCCUCGUAUAUUUGCUGUUGGAGACUCUUCUGCUGUGAGGGAUGGAAACGGAAAUUUGCUUCCUGGCACAGCUCAGGUAGCCUUUCAACAGGCCGAUUUUGCGGGCUGGAAUCUUUGGGCUGCAAUAAAUGGCCGACCUCUACUGCCGUUUAGGUUUCAGAAUUUGGGGGAGAUGAUGAGUCUUGGAAGAUACGAUGCCGCUAUUACACCAAGUUUCAUUGAUGGCCUAACUUUGGAAGGUCCAAUUGGUCACACAGCGAGGAAAAUAGCGUACUUAAUCCGAUUACCGACAGAUGAGCACAGGUUAAAAGUAGGGAUAAGCUGGUUAGCUAAAAGUGCAGUAGAGUCUACUGCUUUACUGCAGGAUACCAUUACCAAAAUGCUUUCUGGACAGUAGAAUACAGUAUAUAUACACAUAUAUAAUAUCAUAAUUCAUUUGUGGACCUUUUUGUCCCUUGCUGAUAAUUUAUUGCUACUUUGGUUUGAGACAAUACCAUGAUAUAGAUACUGAAUUUUUAUAUUACAAUUUCUAUGUAAUAAAUACUUUGGCUA